UGAUAGCUUGGCGACCUCUCCAGGGUUUAGUCACUCCUGCCAUCCACGUUCCAACACUAGAAUAAGCAGGUACAGAAAAUGGAUGUGUGUAUCGUGCAUAUCUCAAGGCACACAGUACAAUUCAAUCCAGUGUGUUGUAGUCCAAUUACAACAAAACCAUUACAUGAUACACACUUGCUCCUUUUCUAAUAACUGUGUUCAUAUAAAACAGUUCAUGAAAAGAACUGCUUGUGGAAAACAGUCAAGAGAGAAAAGUGCAGGUUGGAACCCAGUGCAGAUGUCCCCCAGCAGCCUAUGGCAGCUUAGCUACAGGGAUGGAUAAAGGUCACCAAGCCAGACCCAACUGUAAGUUGUAUCAACAAGGAAAGCUCAAAGUCUGAUCUUAGAGGUAGAGAGGAUGUCUUAUUCCUGAAGCCCAAGUAGGAGCUGGUUUCAUGAGGAGGAUCUGAAAGUCAUUCAGCUGGGAGAGCUUGUUAUAAAUCAGAACUGGAGUGGUGGUGGUAUGGAGCUGUGUGGCUGAUCCAGGUGUGGAAGUGAUGGAGGGGCUGAUGCUGAUCAAUGGCUGGUGAUCGGAUAUGUCUGUGUUUGGAGGCCGUUCCUGGGCAACCGUACCUGCAGAUAGAAGUGUAGGUUACCUGUAAGCUGAGACCUUAUAACAGUUGUCAGACUGUGGGACUGGACUCAAAUGCUGUUUCAUCAGUGAAGCAACAGAACUAGAGACAACCAAGAAAACACCACCCUGCUCAUACAAACCUCAACAGAGAAAAGAGAAACACUAGACCAGAGGAUGGCUUUAGCCAGUGGUCACUGGAUUGAGAAAGAAGUGACGGGAGAAGCCCCGAGUCCCAGACAUGGUCACGCUUUGACUGUAGCAGGAAAUGUUGCCUUUCUAUUUGGAGGAGCAUGUACCAUCAACCAAGAGGACAGUCCUGUUUACUUCAGUGACUUCUUCAUGCUAACAGUUACUCCUGAUGACAUGACAUGGGAGGAGAUUCCUCAGAGUGGAGAAGUACCAUCUGCCAGAGAAGGACACACACUCUGUGUUGUGAAAGGGAAGCUGUAUCUGUUUGGAGGAGCUUCCAGCCCUGAAGCCACUGAAUGUCUUCCAGGGGUCUAUAGCUUUGACAUUGUGUCUCUGACCUGGGAAUGCUUAGCAACCAGGGGCUUGGCCCUUAGAGCUCUCAGAAACAGCUCUGUUGCUAUUGGAGACAACAUCUAUGUGUACGGAGGCCUACUGAAGGGGAGUCCAACUGAUGACCUCAUGGUCUUCAACACAGUCUCUCUCAUCUGGACACCAGUGAAAACAAGUGGAUCGGUGCCUCCUGCCCUGUGGGGUCAGAGUUUUGCUCUGGCUGGUGAUCAGGUGUUCAUGUUUGGAGGAUACAGGACCGGAGGAGAAUUUUGCAAAGACCUUUAUGUUUUUAAUUCAGCUAAUCUACUGUGGCAGAAAUGGGAAGUGAAAGGAGACUCACCUGCAGCCUGCAGUGGACAAACACUGACUGCUCACCAUGAUAAGGACAUCUACCUUUUUGGAGGUAAAAGGAAAAAUGAGGAUGACUCAGUGACAUUGUCAAAUGAAAUCUACAAACUCAGUAUUGCAAAGAUGAAGUGGAAAGUCCCUUUGUAUGUGGGGAUUCCUCCAAGCUGUCGCCAUGAACACAUCGCCUUCAUCCUCCACAGCCAUCUGUAUGUAUUUGGAGGACAGAAUGACGAGCAGGAUUUUAAUGACUUGAAGGUGAUGAAGCUCAUUAACCCAUCUGAGAGGCAACCAGUAAUGAAGGAGAUUCUGUCAGAGUUUGGUCUCCAGGGCAUCAGUCACAGCUUCACUCCCACAAAAGUUCCCAACGUUCGAUAUGAACUAAGUGAGUCUGUUCCAUCCACCCAACCCAGAAGCAGAGCAGCUGAUGUACAGGGGUUUGUCCACUUCAGUGCAAUAAGAGACCAGGCAAUGAAAAUGAUCCAGACAGCCUUCACACUUCUGGAACAGGAGUUCCAGAAACUGGAUCGAGAGAAAUCAGAGUUAUCCAAAGCUGCUGCUGCUCUUCAAAGAGACAAAGACCUUCAUGAAGUUCAGCAACAACAACAACAGCAGGAGUUGCAGGAGAUGCUGGACAAGCAUCGCACUCAAAAUGAGGCAUGGCUUCGUGCCAGGGCUGAGGAAAAUGAUAGAGAGAGGAGGGAGCUGUGCAGAAUGAGAGAAGAGGUGUUGCAGGAACAAGAGAGACUGAAGGAGGAGCAAAGCCGCAUCCAGAAACGCAGCGAACAUCUCCUGUCAAUAAUGCAUCAGUUUAAAGGAAUGUGAAUUUGUUUAUUUAACCCUUUCACUUGUUCUGUCGGUUUGAAGAGAGUACAGAAAUGUAAAUUAUUUGAAUAAAUAGAAACACGAUUAAAGGAUUGUUCUUUAAAUGCCUAACUUCGCAGUGUGACAAAAAAAGUGUAGAAAAUGUGAACAUCAUUAUUUGACUAAAAAAAAGACGGAUUCCAGAGUUGGUGUGUAUCUAAAAAAAUUGCAUUAAUAAGAGAAAAUGCAAGGAGUUCUGAGUUUGGUUUAAAUAAGAUGCUGAAAUGAAGAUUGCUGUAUAA